UAUGAAGUCCGUUUCCUUCUCUCGUUUUUCUCCGUCGCUCACUCUGACUCCCCACGCUUCGCUCUCUCCUGCUCGAUUUUAUCCAUCAUGUUGGCGGGAGCGCUGCAAACCCUAGCUCCCAGGCCUUGGAUCGCCACCGGGAGCGGAAUUUUCCGGCGACGAAUGGGCUGCUAUCCCCCUUCUCUUCUCCGGUCUUCCGGCGAUUUCGCCCUUCCUGCGAGUCGCCCAUCGCUCAUUGGCGAAAUUCAACCAGUUUCUCGAUCGAUUAGGGCAACAGGAGGACCCGAUCAGGUGUUCAUACCUGGCUGGAGAUUAUUCACACUUCAGGUUACUGAUGGUGGGAGUUAUUACUCCAGGGAUUCCAGUUCUGCUAAUGUCUCAAGUUGGACACGUGCUUUACUAAACUUUGCAGUAACCAACUUCCUCCCAAUAGCUCUUAUCAGCGGCAUAAUAUUAGGGCUUGCAAAUCCUACUCUUGGAUGUGUUGCUCACAAAUAUUCAUUAUCAAGAUUCAGCACCUUUGGUAUUUUUGUCAUUUCAGGGCUCAUGCUGCGAAGUGGGGAAAUUGGUGCAGCUUUGGGCUUGUAUGAUUCAUUAUUUUUGUGUCUAAUACUCAAAGAAGGGUUAUCUAUGGUGGUGAUCCUUGUUACGAUUCUGUUUCUCAGUCCACUUGUUUCGAGACUCAUAUUACAAGUUCAGUUGUAUCCUCCAGAAUUUGUCAUAGGAUUAGCCAUUUUUUGCUGCAUGCCCACAACAUUGUCAAGUGGCGUUGCUUUGACAAAUCUUGUUGGGGGGAAUUCUGCCCUUGCUCUCGCAAUGACAGUAAUCUCCAAUUUACUAGGCAUCAUUUUUGUACCUUUUUCUCUUUCUAAAUUCAUUGGAGCUGGAGCUGGGGUUGCAAUCCCAACAGCAGAAUUGUUUAAAAGCCUUAUCUUGACGCUUUUGGUUCCUCUGAUUCUGGGGAAGGUUCUGCGUGAUGCCUUUGAGGGGGUGGCAGAAUAUGUUGAUCGAAAUCGUCGAUUCUUUUCAAUGAUGAAUUCCGCUCUUCUUAGUCUUGUGCCAUGGAUACAAGUUAGCAAGUCAAGGCCUCUAUUCCUUACAGUUACACCCACGGCUUUUGCUAUUGCCAUUAGCAUGGGAUUACUGCUACAUCUUACUCUGUUGGCCUUCAAUACCGUUCUGGUAAAGAUACUCUCAGCACUGGCUGAUGGUAAAGAAUCAGUUUUUUCAAAGAAAGAAAAUUCACGAGCUGUUAUUCUUGUUGCCAGCCAGAAAACUCUGCCUGUGAUGGUAGCUGUUGUGGAUCAGCUCAAGGGAGCUUUAGGAGAACCAGGUCUGCUAAUACUUCCAUGUGUCGCUUCACACAUUAAUCAGAUAAUUAUCGACUCAUUUCUUGUGAACAUAUGGCUUCGGAAGGAUCAAAUAACUGCUAAAACAAAGGAAACCUAAGGUCUCGGAAGUGUAAUUUUGGUUAUGAAGAAACUUGAAUUGCAAGUUGAAAUGUGAACUGAUUGUGCAUUUAUCAUGAAGGGAAACUAGCUCCUAUUCAUAUAUGAGUUGCAUGUCUGAGUGCAAAUGAAAGUAUCAAGUGUAGUUUGUCCAUGGGCUACAGGUGCACCAUGCCAGAUAUAGGAUGCUCGUCGGCCAAUAGAAUGUUGCUGUUCUGGUCAUUUCAUGUUAAUAGGAGUUGUAAAGGAUUGACGCUGGUCCGUCCAAGACUAGAGUGUUUUCCUAAUGAAAUUUACACUGUAACAAGGGUAAUCUUGAGUAGACCCCUGUUUUAUUGCUCAAUUAUGGAUAGGCCCUCUGUAAUUCUGUUGUUGCAGACAUUCCAAACUAGUGGGAAAUCCUACUCUUUUACC